GGCCUCAGAAGGCGGGCGGGGAAGGCCCUAGAGCCCCGGGCCGCAGCCGCCCACCUGGCCGAAGCGAGGAGGGAGUUCCCAGGGCCCACCUCGGGUUGGGUGGCGCUAGAUUCCCGCCUUGGGCGUCCCCCAUCACCUCCCUCCCAUCCAAAAUAAGCUUUGGCCUGCCGCGUGGACUGGACAAGGGGUAUUUGUGAUUUGAAGAGCCAGAAAGGAAGAACUGUACAGUUUGUCCCCCAAACUUGGAGGAGGGGAGGGCUGGCCUCGUACUGACUCCCUGAGUGACUCUGAAGAUUAGGAAGUGGCUACCUGAACUCUUUUCCAAAGGAUAAACAUUACAAAGCAUUGAAUACGGCAGUUCACCAAGAAGGUCCUAUUGGUUUGGGGACGCAUCUUUCUUCUUACUGACCAGCGAGCACUACUUCCAGCAGCCAGAAGGGAUGCUGCUGCCCAGGAGCCGUCCGACACCAGCCCCUCCUCAGAAGGCUUCCUGUAGGCUCUGGGCCGCGAUGGGGAAACUGCAGAGCAAACUCAGACACAGCACUUAUAAAUACAGCAGGCCUGAUGGAAUUAUAGAAGAGAGAACUCAAACUAACGCUUUUCAAGAGUAUAGCCCAGCUCACGUGGAUACCGUCUCUGUUGUUGCUGCUCUGAACUCAGACCUUUGUGUCUCCGGAGGAAAAGAUAAGACAGUUGUGGCCUAUAAUUGGAAAACUGGAAAUGUGGUGAAAAGGUUCAAAGGACACGAACGUGAGGUCACCAAGGUAUCCUGUGUUCACAAAUCAGACCAGUUCUUCAGCGCCUCUCGUGACAGGACGGUCAUGAUGUGGGACUUGCACGGCUCCGUGCAACCGAGGCAGCACUUCUCUGGCCAUGCCAUGGUGGUCACUGGAGUGGCUGUGAGUCCAGACUCGUCACAGCUGUGCACUGGCUCCCGGGACAACAGCCUGCUUCUGUGGGAUGUGGGGACUGGACAGUGUGUGGAGAGAGCUGCUGUCUCCAGGAACCUGCUUUGCUUCUUCCAGGUCACUCACCUGUGCUGGGUCCCCAGAGAACCAUAUGUCCUACAGACUUCUGAAGAUAAAACCAUCAGAUUAUGGGACAGUCGGGGGCUGCAGGUAGCUCAUCAGUUUCCCACAAAGCAGCAUAUCCAGACCUACUGCGAGGCCAGUGAGGAUGGACACAUGUGCAUCUCCUGCAGCAGUGGCUUUGGAGGGGAGGGCUGUGAAGCCACGUUGUGGGACCUAAGGCAGACACGGGACAGAAUAUGCGAGUAUAAGGGGCACUUCCAGACUGUUGCAUCCUGUGUCUUUCUACCAAGAGCACUGGCCUUGAUGCCUGUUGUUGCUACCUCAUCACAUGACUGCAGGGUGAAGAUUUGGAACCGAGAUACUGGAGCCUGCCUUUCCACCUUGUCUCUGGAUGGAUCGGGACCUUUGACUUCCCUGGCUGUUGGCGACACCAGGUCCUUGUUGUGUGCGAGUUUCAGCAGAGGAAUUCACUUACUCAGAGUGGACCACGGCCCAGGGCUGGAGCUGCGGGAAGUGGCAGCAUUCUGAGGCCAAGAGACGUUCACCCGACAAUAGCAAACUGCGGCCCCUCCUUUCUCAGUGUGGCUUUGUUUUUCUGUGUGACCUCGAGGGGAGGGUGAUAUGGGGCUGAGGCUCUUUGUUUCAGUUCAUUUGGAAGGUAUAUCAGUGUCAGAAGUCAAUUUAAGUCCAGUGGUUGAAAAUCAGGUGUGUGCAGAGUUUAGAAACAUGGAGGUAAACAAAGUUUUCAUCUAAGUUAAAUCCAAAUGCAAUUUUUAGUGAACUUUUGGGACUGCUCUUCAAAAAAACAAGUCUUUGGCUCAAACUGAUAACCUGUAGGUAUAAGAGAAAGAGGCCUCUGAGAGUCAGCACGCAGGGUCUGAGUCUGAGUCCAUUGAUCUGACCUUUUCCAGGACUCCACAAAAGAAAAAAAUGCAGGAGGGAGAGAAACUCUGUUUUGGUUGCCUCCCAAUUAUCUAGAUGGGAGAGAAUAGUGCAGCCCCAUAGAGGAAACGGAUUGCAGACAUGGGAUGGAGCUCCAGUCAGCAACGUAAAGAAUCAGUUGGGCAAGAAAGCCAAAGCCUCAGCUUCUACUGGGAGUAGCCACAGAGUGGGAGGUGGCACAGGCUGCCUGCUCCUGGUGCCUGCCUGGAUGGUGCUGAGGUCGUGUGAAAGUAAGACCUGGCAUGGCUCGAAGCGCCUGACAACCACAGGGCCUUGUCCAGGGUUGUGGGAGUCGUCAGACCUGUUCUGCAGAUGAGAAAAUGGAGAAGUGCCGAGAUCGAGGCGAAAAAAUUUCAUUUGUACAUUUUAAUAGUUUUAUAUAAACCCUUUCUUGGGAAUGGCCAGCGUGAGGCAAAGGGAAUCUCUGCAAUAAUAGAACGUAGAAGAAAAAAUAGAGAAUGGACUCACCUGGGCGCCGCUGAGCCCCUCGGUGAGGAGGGGCAGGGUGCCCGGGUCUGCCUGUGUGGCCCCCGGGUCAGUCCCCAGCCUGGUGCUCACAAGCCCAUCUUCCUCCAGCGAAACGAGAGCCCCUCGUCCCUUCAGGCGAGCCCACCGGGAAGGCAGCUGAGGCCUGGAGGUUCCCUCCUGACGAAUCCCAGCCAAAGAAGGAUUUUCAUUUGUCUUCUCUGGGCCCUGCCUGUCCCUGAUACCCGGGCAGACAGGCUUCUUGUCUCCCUCCUGCUCCUCUUUCGGGCCAGCUCCCGUGCGCUGUCUCUGCUGACUGGGCAGGAGAACCCUAAGCUAGGCCACAGCGGCAGGCCUGAGUUUGAAUCUCCGCUUUUCCACUUAGCUGGAUGAGCUUGGGCAAGUUAUAAAGUCUCAGUUUCCUCACUGAUAAUAUGGAGCUCAUAAUCAUAGGUUCCUCACAGGGCCGCUCUGAGGACCGGACGUGACUAUCAAAUGCCAAGCAAGGUAGUGGGAGCUUACAAAUGGCAGCCAGUUGUUGACUGCCCUCUGUGCGGACUAAACGCUCUCCUUUCCACACAAAACGUUUACCGUUCCUUCGCCCAUUCUCCUUUGGUCUUGUUUUCUAAACCUGUAGUCGUUGUUCAGCUUCCCUUUGAUUCCUUCGGCCAUGGAUCUUUGAGCUCUGGAGGGACGGGCGGUGGUGGCAGAGGAAGCUGCUUCACCAGGCACCUGCGGACGGCUGAAUCCGUUUCUUCUCAGUACAGCUCUUCCUCCCAUUUGACGGAUGAGGAGGCUGAGGCCAGGGACAUCCAGUCCUUUGCCCGAGGUCACACACGUAGGUAGGAAGCGGGAGAAGGGAUUUGAAUCUGAGUCUGCCUGACUCAAAGCCAGGAUAUUUUCCUCCCCACCCCUUUGCCUUUGCAUGAUGUCACAAAGUUCGUUAUAGAGAUUUAUAGACCAUGACAUUGUUUGUGUAUUUUCUAGACCAGUUUGUUAACUUUUUGGCUCCAAGGAGAUCCUCCUGGCCAAGUGCCUGGGAGCAGUAGACAAGGCGCCUCAGGGAAAGUCCUCACGUAUCCUGAACUUUAGUGCUGCGGCCGACCCUUCCUUCCAGAAGGAGGACAGCAGUACGUCAGAAAAUCCAAGGGAGCGGGUUAGGAGGGGUCCCAAGGAAGGGAGCAGACUGCUGUGAGAGGGAGAAUCCUCGUGAGAAAACAGGCCUCUGAUCCCUUAGCAGGUUCCAUUACCAAUAAAGUUGUUGCCCUAAACUCUA